GCGCCCUGUACUGAAGGGGGAUGCGGUUUUCGGUCCUUCCGCAUGUUGAUGGGAGUUGCUCUGGUCUGGCGUCGGCGUAGUCCAAGUUUUCCUCUCAGCCCAACAAUUUCAGCACUCCUCACAUGCGGGGCAGUGUACGUCGAAACUGGAUGCCGGCGCAGUAUUCAAGGCUCCCUAUCUUCUCAAAAGCAUGGCAUGAGCACAUGUAUAAACCUCGAACCUCGGGCCCACCGCUGUGCAACCGAAUGCGCCGCGCCCAUUGUUCCACAAAUCAGCGCCGCGGAAGCGGAAAAGCCGUCACUAGGCACGCCAGAAACGUCGAAAUCCCCAACAGCGCAGGGAUUCUAUCUCAGUACAAAGUUUCGAAAGGGACGGAUCGUACGGAGAUCUGCAGGGAAGCCCUUAGACGGAUCGUCCAGCCGGAAUGCGGGUGGAAAAUUACUAUUUUAAUGGCAGCCGCUUCCUUGACUUUGGGCUCGUUUCGAUGCAAAACAAUUUCCAAGAACGGGCUUCGUGUUCUAAUAGGGAAAGAAUGCCUUGGAUUACUUAGGGACAAGAGCUAUCUGAUUCCGAUGUCGUGUGCCUUCUUGUAGGGAUAACCAUCACAGCGCGAUCUAUAACCAUAUAGAUUCAUCUCCAGGACGAUCACGCAGGACCGCAAUCCAGGAGAUUUCGAGCCCGGGAGACCAAUCACGAGUUAUUAUUGACGAAUCUCCACAACAAACCGCGCUUGCAAUUGCCCCGUUGUUGUUUCUGUCUCCAUCACUACACUGACUGCUUGGCACCUUUAGCCUCCUCUUUUUC